GGCUUUUUCGUCAGAAUGUGGAAGCAUGACAUUAGAGAAGAAAGAAGGACAACUUUUUUUUUUUUUGACUGUCCGGUUAUUUUUACUCCCCCCCCCCCUUUUUUUUUUUUUUUAUUGUGUGUGUGCACAACUCAGACCAAUGGAGGAUGUUUUAAAUGGCCGUCUCCUGCAAGGGAUUACACAAGCGGUGGCUGUAGAUCUUUUUUUUUUUGCUUUUCCGCCUGUAAAAGCCCCCAUCACUAACAAAUAAACGAAUGGCAUCAUGUUUAAUUCGUGCAGCCAAUGAAAAAGGUCCUAAAGAGUUUUACAAAAAUUAUACAAAUGUGGGAUUUGAUUUUGUACUUUGUGUUUCGCGAAAAUUAAAUGUCCAUUGGACCUUUAAACCCCAAAAUAUAAAUUGUAAAUCCGUUCAAAACUAGAGGGUGCUGUGAUAGGGGGGUGGAAAAUAUAAAUCCCUUUCUCUCUUUUUUGUUUUUUUUUGCGUCAAUGGUAAGCAUUAGAAAAAGACGUCAUUCGAAAAGUGACCAUGUCAGUCGUCAUGGACGAGAACUUCCUGAGGAUAUCAUGGCAGACUCUGGCAUGAUUUUUGUCGAAGUACGACCUUUUUAUCGCUGGAAGCGAUUUAAUUUUAUUGUCGGCUUAACUGUGGGUUUAUUGGCCAUGUAUGCUGCCUCCACCACGCCCGUUGCACAAAAUCAGUUGACGGUCUUUCAGGAUUUCCUUUAUUUACAAUUGGCAGAUCUCGAUAUCAACAAUAUCUUGCCCCAAUCCGAUUUAGUCGAUGAAUUACUGGGAAAUUUCACAAACUUGAUCAAACCUACACCUCCUACCGAGGCCUCUUUUAUGCCCGCUACAGAAUACAAAGAUGAGUUGGGAUUGAAACCUCAUUUUCCCGUUGUUAUGAUACCAGGCAUUGUUUCAUCUAGUCUUGAAAGUUGGGGAACGUCUGAACGCUCUAGAAAAUAUUUCCGUAAACGCAUGUGGGGCACAAUGACCAUGGUUCGCUCUGUUCUAUUAGACAAGGAAAAUUGGAUUGAUCACAUCAUGCUAGACCCCGAAACUGGUUUAGAUCCCGAAGGAUACAAAAUUAGAGCAGUGCAUGGCGUGGAGGCAGCAGAUUAUUUCAUCACUGGUUAUUGGGUAUGGGCUAAAAUCAUUGAGAACUUGGCAACCAUUGGUUACGACACCAACAAUAUGCAUUUUGCUUCUUAUGAUUGGAGACUAUCAUUCUCCAACCUUGAAGUGCGUGAUAACUAUUUCUCACAUCUGAAAGCCACCAUUGAAUUAUCUAAAACUCACUCUGGUCUCAAAAGUGUUGUAGUUAGUCACUCCAUGGGCAGCUCCAUGUUUCCUUAUUUUCUCAAAUGGGUGGAAAAGGAAGCCGGUAAACAUUGGGUGAAUGAUCAUAUCGAAUCCUUUGUCAAUAUCGCAGGUCCCUUAACCGGUGUCCCCAAAGCUGUCACUUCUUUAUUAAGUGGUGAAACAAGAGAUACCAUGGCCUUGGGAAGUUUUGGUGCCUAUGUGCUUGAAAAAUUCUUUUCACGUCGUGAACGUACUAAACUCAUGCGUAAUUGGUUUGGUGGUGCUUCCAUGUUACCAAAGGGGGGUGAGGCAGUUUGGGGCGACGCACUUCAUGCACCCGAUGAUCAACAGGAUGAAAAAUACGAAUCGUUUGGUAAUAUGAUUUCAUUUGUACCGCAUCCAGAAGGCAUCAAUGAGAACUCAACAGAGACUCCCAGUGACUCCUCCACGGAUCCUUUGAUCAGAAACUAUACUGUAUCAGGCACCAUUGAUCUUUUAUUAAAUAAUGCGGAUGAACAAUUUGCAAAUCAUUUGCAUUCCAAUUAUUCGUAUGGUGUCACAACCAAUUUGAAGCAGUUGAAAGCAAAUGAUGAUGAUCCCACAAAAUGGUCUAAUCCUCUUGAAUCACGUUUACCCAACGCUCCUGAUAUGAAGAUUUAUUGCUUUUAUGGCAUCGGUACACCUACUGAACGUAGUUACUAUUAUGCCGUGACUGAUGAAAGCAUAGAGGAAGAUUGUCCUGGAGUUACCAACGGUACAGGAUGUACUCAUAUCCAUCAAAGUGAACAUCAAACAAAAUCAUCCACCGCUGAAAAAAUCGUACAUUCCAUCAAGCAUCCUAAUCUGUACAUUGAUGCCAAUGUAAAUGAUCCUAUUCAACGUGUUGAAACAGGUAUUCGAUUUUCUGACGGUGAUGGUACUGUACCUUUAUUGUCUUUAGGAUACAUGUGUGCUCCCUCCGGUCCAUGGAGAAAACAUGCAGAUUUAUACAAUCCAGGUCAUAGCCCCGUUGUACUUCGUGAAUAUGAAAAUGAAGUGAGUCCAAGUAAAUUAGAUGUGCGUGGUGGGUAUAAAGCGAGUGAUCAUAUUGAUAUUCUUGGCAAUUGGGAAAUGACCUUGGAUUUGUUGCAAAUUGUUUCUGGGUUAGGUCAUAACGUGACGGAAAGGAUCCUUUCGCCCAUUGAAGAAUACGCUAAAAAAGUAGACCUGUCUCCAUAAAUUUUAUUCCAUCUUAUUCAAUGGAUCUUAUAAUAAAUCAUGUAUUUUAGAUAAA